AUGUCCUACAAGCCCAUCGCCCCCGCCCCCAGCAGCACCCCCGGCUCCAGUACCCCUGGGCCUGGCACCCCGGUCCCUACAGCCGGAAGCGUCCCAUUGCGGUCAGGCUCCGGGCUGGGAGCCGAUGCCCCUUUCAGGCCACUGUUUAACGACUUUGGACCGCCCUCCAUGGGCUAUGUGCAGGCUAUGAAGCCACCGGGCACUCAGGGCUCCCAGAGCACCUACACUGACCUGUUGUGGGUCAUAGAGGAAAUGGGCAAGGAGAUCCGGCCCACCUAUGCAGGAAGCAAGAGUGCUAUGGAGCGCCUGAAGAGAGGCAUCAUCCACGCCCGGGCCCUGGUCAGAGAGUGCCUGGCCGAGACAGAGCGCAAUGCCAGAACGUAAUGGAAGCGCCCUCCCCUUCUCGCCUGGACCUUGCCGGCCACCGCAGAGCACCGACCUCUCCCUGGCCUCCACCCCGAGUCGCACUUCCUGCCCUCUGUCCCUGGGUGGGCACCCUCC